GACUCCGUCGCGUCAGCAUAGUUCACCGUCUCCGGCGCCUCAGCCGUCUCCGCCACCUCAGCCUUCUCCGGCACGUCACCACACUCCGCCGCCUAAGCAGACUGGGCAAAAGCGGAAGGGCACCGCCGCUCCGGCGGCUAGUAGCACAGCUGUGAAGAAAUCGAAAGCUGCGACUAAAUCCUCAGCUGCGAAGAAGGCUCAUGUCGUGUUACCAUACGAUAGGACUGAUGAGGAAAACACCCGUAUCUCAGCUGAGGAAGUGAAACGCCAUUUUGCACCGAAACGGCCCCCGCCAAAGCAGUACAUAGCACCGGGAACAGUGAAGCACUUUGCGGACAUGGUAUAUGGAGAAUAGAAGGCUGAGUUGCCAUCAGACUAUGACCACUCUAUUUUACGGUCACACAAAGCGAAUGUGGAGCAGCCGAAAAGAGGGAAAACAAUUGCCCAACUCGGAGAACAGGAAAAUCAAUCGGUACCCCCCCUCAACGUGUACUCCUAUGAUGAUCCGGAGAUGACAGAAAUAGUCACACGAAUGGCUAAAGAUCUUGGUACGAGUGUUCAAUACCAAGACUACUAUCCCAUGGUUGAGUUAGCAUACAGAUACACAUACGAGAAGCCUCUCGUCCGACCUGACCAGCUCCCGCAUCUACAAACACAAAUGCGAAGAUUGCAUGAGUGGUACAUGCAAGCCUGUAAAGAUGGGAGCAUCAUGAUUAUCGUGGCACUUAGAGAUGAGCAUUACUUCCGUGGACACGAUGAGAUACACAUUGAGUUUGAAGAAUUAUUUCAGUUAUUCAAUCAAGACGCCCUCGACAAAUCUCUCGUCAGUUGCUAUUGUCUAAUGAAGAUGCUCGAAUGCAAAAGAGGACAAAUCUAUGACAUUGGGUUCACUAACCCACAAACCGUUCAUGAAGUUACGGUAAACCAAUACGCCAAGGACACAGAGGAGAACUUGCCAAUUUUUUUAGUAAAACAAGAAACCAAAAUGGAAAUACUAUUUCCUUACAACUUCAAGGUUUGGAAACGGUUCAUCAAGAUUGUUAGGGGUGAAUGGAAACAGGAGCUUACAUUUCAAGAUUACAAUUGUUUGAGGUAGGAAGAUGGGAAUAAUUUAUGUGGCUACUACGUUUGCGAGCUCAUUCGCGAGAUGACCUGUCAUCGGGGGGGGGGGGGGCAGAAAGAACUGCAGAACAACUCGAU